AUGAAACCACCUUUUAAUAUUACCGACGAGGCAUGUGCGCAUUGCUGGGAUGAGUCAGUAAUGUUGGUUCCAAACCAUCGGUCGGCAGUGCACAAAGAGGAGUGCGCGUACUGCUGUCGAACAUGUCGACAUGAAAUGGGCACGCUAGUUUGUAUGUGUUGCCACAUGGGACUUUGUGUGGAACACGUGCAGAAGCACACCUUGAAUUGCCCCACACACGUCAUGUAUGUUUGGAUUAAAGAACUCCCCGCUAAGGAUGAGGAUGCAGGAGGGUCGAAGGAUGUAAAUAAACUUGGGGUCCUAGCACCAAAAGAGUACGAGAACGCCCUAUGUUGUGCUGCUUGUGCCAAGUCAUUUGUUUCCCCACCAGAGCUAACGAUAGAUUGUUACCAGUGGAUAAUCAAUGCGACGUCAACAGGAGCACAGGCAGCGAUCGAGCCGGAAGGUGUUGCUUCUAUGCGUCUGCAGUGUCCUCAUCUUGUAUGCCUGGAGCAGCUACCAAGUCCUUUUCAAACUGCGCCAACCUCCUCGGAUAAAUGUGCUCUUGACGGGUGUGAAUGCCGGCUUAAUAACUGGAUGUGCAUGACAUGUGGGACGAUUGGAUGUCCGCGUGAGGAGGCGGGGGGUAACGGUCAUGCACUGCAACACUACAUGCACACAAUGCAUCCUGUUGUCGUUAAACUUGGCACGGUGACACCUUCAGGUGCCGAUUUUUAUUGUUAUUUGUGUGAUGACGAGGUUUCCGAUGUGCAUUUUGCAAAUCAUAUGCAACAUUUUGGUAUUGACAUUCAAACUGCAAAGAAAACGGCCAAGACACUUGGAGAGAUGCAAUACGACUACUCCUGUCAAUUUGAUUUUAAACGUAUCACAGAGAAUGGGGAUUCCCUCGUCCCCGCCUUUGGUCCUGGGAGGACCGGGAUGCAUAACUUUGGCAAUAGCUGUUACAUGGCUUCGGUGUUACAGUGUCUCUUUUCCCUGGAACCAUUUAAGGAAGCGUUCUACUACAAUUGUGAGACCCGACACCAGAACGCGUGCCAAGAGAAUCCCUACAAGUGCCACUGCUGCCAGACCGAGCGAGUUGCUAGUGGCCUUCUCUCAGGUGAAUUCUCUGUCGAGGGUCAAGAACUAACCAACGGCAUUACAGCGAGGGAGUUUAAACGCGUGUUUGCGCAAAAACAUCCUGACUUCUCUACCGCAGAGCAGCAGGACGCACAGGAGUACUUUUUGUAUUUGGUAGAACAAAUGCGGCGCUACGUUAAGCCAUCAAAUAUUGUGGGUGCGAAUAUUUCACAUCCAGUUGACAUAUUUAAGAUGACCGUUGAGCACCGCGUGCAGUGUGGUUCGUGUCACAAGGUGCGCUACACACGUGAGACCGAUUGUUGCCUUUCAUUGCCAAUUCCGUUGGAUCCUAAUCUAAAGAAUUCUGAUGGAAAUCCAAAACAAACCGAGGAGGAAAUUUUUGCCAGCCGUCCUCAUAUCUCUUUAGACGCGUGCCUCGGGUCACUAAUGCAGGCAACGGAUAUUGACUGCCGUUGCAGCGCCUGCGGGAUUCCGGUCACGUACUGCAAAACCACACGACUGAGGACUUUUCCGGAUGUUCUCCCCAUUUUCCUCCGUCGGGCGCAGUUCGACAUGGGAACCAUGAGUGUCAAGAAGCUUGAUGUGUUUGUGGAUGUCCCUUUAGAGCUGGACUUGGAGUUCCUCCGCGGUAAGGGCCUGCAGUCAGACGAAGUUUCGAUGCCUGAGGCGCAAGAGGAUCUCCCACACAAGCCGACAUCCUCUUCAAUGAAAACGGUGGAUGAAGAGGCCCUUGCCAUGUUGUUGAGUAUGGGUAUUGAAGAGACCGUGGCCAGAUACGCGCUAUUACAGACGGGCAUGAAUGCGGAAAGAGCGGUUGACUACGUAUUCAGUCACGAGAAUAUCGCGGAAGAGGCCGGACUCGCUGAAAUCUCUGCCACUGCAUCCGAGAGCCAGCCGGCGCAUGUUUUAGAUGGGCCGGCAAAGUAUCGACUGCAUGCCAUGAUAAGCCACGUGGGGGCAAGCGCAAAAACGGGGCAUUACGUCUGUCAUAUUUGUGACGCACAGACCGGAAAGUGGUUGUUGUUCAAUGAUGAAAAGGUCGCCGAAUCUCUCAACCCGCCAUUCUCUAUGGCUUUUCUUUACUUUUAUAAGAGAGUGGGAAAGUGA